ACAUGGACGCACGGACGCACAGACGGGCAGCGGGAACCCCUAGGACCAUGGCGGAGCGCGCGGGCCGCCGCUGUUGCCUGGGCUGGGACUUCAGCACGCAGCAGGUUAAAGUUGUUGCUGUUGAUGCAGAGUUGAACGUCUUCUAUGAGGACAGUGUGCAUUUUGACAGAGACCUUCCAGAAUUUGGAACUCAGGGCGGUGUCCAUGUACACAAGGACAGGCUGACGGUCACCUCUCCGGUCCUGAUGUGGGUCCAGGCUCUGGACCUGAUCCUGGAGAAGAUGAAGGCUUCUGGCUUUGACUUCUCUCAAGUUCUAGCAUUAUCUGGAGCAGGCCAGCAACACGGGAGCGUUUACUGGAAGACUGGAGCCAGCCUGGCUCUGUCAAGCCUGUCACCAGCUCUCCCAUUACAUCAGCAGCUGCAGGACUGCUUUUCUAUCAGUGACUGCCCAAUAUGGAUGGACUCCAGUACUACAGCCCAGUGUCACCAGUUGGAGGCUGCUGUGGGUGGGGCCCGGGCUCUUAGCUGCCUCACAGGGUCUCGGGCCUAUGAGCGUUUUACAGGGAACCAGAUUGCAAAGCUUUUCCAGAAGAACCCUGAGGCCUACUCACACUCUGAGAGAAUUUCCUUGGUCAGCAGCUUUGCUGCCUCACUGUUCCUGGGUGGGUACUCGCCCAUCGACUACAGCGAUGGUUCUGGAAUGAAUUUGUUGCAGAUCCAGGAAAAAGUCUGGUCCCGAGCUUGUCUGGAUGUCUGUGCCCCCCAUUUGGAGGAGAAGCUGGGUUCACCAGUCCCUUCCUGCUCAGUUGUGGGAUCCAUUUCUUCCUACUAUGUCCAGCGCUAUGGAUUCCCUCCAGGAUGUGAAGUGGUAGCCUUCACCGGGGACAACCCAGCGUCACUGGCCGGCAUGAGGCUGGAGGAAGGAGAUAUUGCCGUCAGCCUGGGCACCAGCGACACCCUAUUUCUCUGGCUCCAAAAGCCCAUGCCUGCCUUGGAAGGCCACAUCUUCUGCAACCCAGUGGAUACACGUCACUACAUGGCGCUUCUAUGCUUUAAAAAUGGCUCCCUUAUGAGAGAGAAGAUCCGAGAUGAGUCUGCCUCCUGUUCCUGGAACAAGUUCUCUAAGGCCCUGCAGUCCACAGAGAUGGGGAACAACGGAAACUUGGGUUUUUAUUUCGAUGUCAUGGAGAUCACCCCUGAAAUUAUCGGGCGUCAUAGGUUUAAUGCGGAAAACGCUGAGGUCUCAGCAUUCCCUGGGGAUGUGGAGAUCCGAGCACUAAUCGAAGGACAAUUCAUGGCCAAGAGGAUUCACGCAGAAGGCCUAGGCUACCGAGUCAUGCCCAAGACAAAGAUUCUGGCCACAGGAGGAGCGUCUCACAAUAAAGACAUCUUGCAGGUGCUUGCAGAUGUUUUUGGGGCCCCUGUGUACGUCAUAGACACUACCAGUUCAGCCUGCGUUGGCUCUGCGUACCGAGCUUUUCAUGGCCUUGCUGGAGGAACAGGUGUGGCCUUUUCAGAGGUUGUGAAAUCAGCGCCACAGCCCAGCCUGGCUGCCACCCCCAACCCAGGAGCUUCCCAGGUCUAUGCAGCCCUCCUCCCUCGAUACCCUGAUCUGGAACAGAGAAUCUUGUCCAAGGCUCAGAGGCCUCUGGAAUGAAUUCUUCCGGCCCAGGCACCCUGCUGGCUUCUAAGUGGUCCUUGUCCUUGUGCUGACUCUGCAGUGCUCCUGUCCUGUUCUGUCCUGGACCAUCCUGAAGCCGUGACUCCUUGGAGACUUGUGGGCUCCAUGUACUAGGAUGGAAAAGCAAUAUCUCCUUUUCUGUCUUCCGUCCAGGAAAACACUGUAGGGUAUGGCCACCAAAGACAAUCAUGUUCCCCUUUCAAAAGGGACCAAACAGCUGACUCGAGAGACAGCCUUUUCUCUGACUCUGACUACUCCUCCUUCUUCAGCGUCAGCCACCUCCCCCAUCCAGGAACCGCUCCCUCCAGCCUUCCUGCAAACCAAACUAAGCCCCAUCUCUCCUGCCUGUGACCCUCCUGUGUCUGUAGGUGUCUUCCCAGAGCUCUCUCUUGUCUGUCUAUCUGUCUCCUUCAUCUUCCCUCCCCAUUCGAAACUGGUUUACUUCCCAUUCAAGAUGAUCUUCAUGGGCCUGGUGAAUACUCUUCCUUCCCCAGUCCCCAACCCUGCCCAGAGACUGCCUGACUGGGUUUUCCUGGGUGACCUGGAUGGGCAUCUCCCAGGCUAAACACUUCUAGGUUCUUCCAUAGUUCGUUGUAGUUCACAUGAUGGCAAAAUUACGUGUUUCCAGAAGUUUCUAAAAUCUGGCUUUCUUUUUAUUUGGGUCUCCUGCAGCCCAGGCUGCCCUCAAACUUUCUUUGCAGCCAAAGGUGACCUUAAGCUUAUGGUCUUCCCGCCACCAUCCUCUAAGUAUUUGCCACCAAACCUGACUUAUGCAAUACCAGAGAUGGAACCCAUGGCCUCACGCAUUCCAGGCAGACGCUCUACCUGCUGAGCCACAUGCCCAGCCUGGAUUUCCUUUUUUACUUGGCAUACUUUGUGACACUCACUUCCACAUGUCCUACUAUGUUUGAGCUGUGUCCUCCUUCUCCACCCCUGUUUUACUUCACACUUUUCCUGGCAAUCUCACUCCUGCAUCACCCUCUAGAGUCUUCCUCUGCCACAAGGCCGUGCUGAAUUCUGGACUCCUUUUAAACUGGACCACUGGUUCUGACACAGUGGCAAGAUGCUGCAGACAGGUGUGAGACCAGGAUCAGAGCAAUGACUGCUGGGAAAUAAAGGGGACACAGCACAGAUGGAAAGAGACUUGUGUCUAGACAUGAGGUCGCUUGGAAGGCUUGGUGUGUGAGGGGGGAAGAAGCAACGAGUAGCCAUCUUGCCCACAGCAAACCCACAGUCCAGACUGAAACGGCCACUGGGAUAUUACUUGUUACAGAGAUUUUACAUUACCAACCAACUGCAAAGGCAUCUGGGACCACAAAACAGUUAACUUGGACGACAUUCCAAUCCAACAGAUCUUUAUUACAAUAAAUCAGACAGAAAAAAAAAUGAAAAAGGCCACCACAGGUGACAAAGAACAAAUCCAAAUGGAAACAGGGCAAGCCUAUGUGAGAAGACACUGAACAGAAGGAUAGACCAUGACAGUUCUGGAGACUUUACAACACAUCAAAGAGUAGGGAGACUCGACAGGAAGUUCAGGGAGGCACCAGAAAAGAAGGAAGGAGAAUAAAGACAAGAUCCCUGUUGAUACUUAGAACUUCCCAAAAUAAACAAAAAUUUGAAAACACCUAAAA